GGUGAUGUACCACUUGGCAAAGAGAAACCUCAAGCCUAGAGAGAUUGAGAAGAAAAGAAAAGAAAAAGGAGAGGCCUUGGUUCCUGUUUGUUAGACAUCAAGAUGAAAACUGUGUUUGCUUUCCUUGCCCUCUUAUCACUUCUUCCGCUACUCUUUGCUGGCAGAGACGUGGUUGCAAGAAAAGACCUGGGAGGAUACUGGAAGAAUGUGAUGCACAGCCAAGCAAUGCCAGAUGCAAUUCAAGCUCGUAUUCAUCCAGAAACAGCAGGAAAAGGGGUUCAUUUCGCCAAAGAUUUCAAUACUGAUGUGGCCAGUACUAAUAAUGGUUGGCAUAAGCAGCCCCCUGUUGGAGAUCUCAUUCACCCCGAAGCAGAGAGCUCGCCAAUUAGCAAAGCCAAGCCUUAAUAAUAAGGAUUUUGAGGAGCCAAAUGGUGAUGUCUUAGGCGAUCUGGAUAAGGUGGAAUUGUGUCUUGAAGAUAACCGGCCAAGACGGUCUACUACUGAAUAAGCGAGCCGUUGAGGAUCGGAGGAAGUUGUGUCUUCGUCUUUGCUGUUUCUGUUUUCUGUUUUUUAGAUUAAGGAAGUUUAAUUGUUUAUGUUUUUGAUGUUCUCAUCAUAUGUGUGCUGUAAAAUAUUUGAUUUUAUAAAGUAAUGAAGGAUCUGAGGAUCAUGCUUUUUCUUGAA